AUGUCAGGAGACUCAAAAUUAGGAUUCACUGAACAUUUAUUUAAAGUUUUGGUGAUUGGAGACCGUGAUGUUGGAAAAACCAGCUUUGUGAAGCGUUAUGUGAGAAAUCAAUUCUUCAAGGACUUAAAACCGACAAUUGGUGUGGAUUUCUUUAUGAAGGUCAUUGAGUGGGACAGUCAAAUGCUGGUGAGAUUACAACUAUGGGAUAUAGGAGGUCAAGAGCGUGUCAGGGGAAUGAACCGAGUGUACUUCAAAGGAGCGAGUGGUGCAUUUGUUGUUUAUGACGUUACAAACGGAUCAACAUUGGAAGGAGCACUGAACUGGAAAUGUGAGCUUGAUUGUAAAGUAAUGUUGAAAAAUGGCAGCCCAAUCCCUGCAGUUCUGCUUGCCAAUAAGUGUGAUCAGAUUCAAAUUUGUCAAAACUGUACUGCUGUUCUGGAGAAGCUCUGCCAAGAGAAGGGUUUUAUUGGAUGGUUUGAGACAUCAGCGAAGGAGAACAUCAAUGUGGAUAAAGCUGCUAAAUUCCUUGUGAAGCACAUUCUUCAAACCAACCAGGAGUCAGAAAAUGAGGAAGUCCAGAAGAUCCAAGUUAAUCUGAAACAGCAAUCAAAUACGAACUCUAGGUGUUGUUCAUUCUAA